AUGAAAUUAAAAUUUAUUAUAAAAGUGGAAGAAUUACAUUACGGGACGAUUAGUGUAAUAGAUUUGGCGGAUCGUAAGAAUCAUUCGUUGGAAUACCGGAACCGAUGGUCUAAUAAGGACACGACGGCCGCCUAUAAUGUGGACUAUAAGCGGGACACGUGUUUGCGAUCAAACAAGAUGUCAAGACCUCACUCGUGGAAACUGCAUCUCCGGAAAGUCAAACGACACAUCUCUUACUUAGAAGUAGUCGUUUUGGACAAAUCCGGACGACUCAUGAAAAGCGACGCCAGAAAUAUCAUUAAAUAUUCAAAAGUAAAUGAUUUGCGAGAAUGUGUGCCAAAAGUGAUUGAAACAACGGAUACGACAAUACGGUUGGGUUUGACGUGUGUUAUGGAGUUUGACGGCGACUCCAAGGACAAGACUCAGAUGAUUACCAUUGAGUUCGAUGUGAACGAUAUCAGUAUCUGCGAGAUCAGACUCUACACCAACUCGUUUAUGCCUUUCCAUCGCUGCGGUUCCGCAGACAUUGUCCUCUUCUCAAGCAUGGAGUUUAUAAAGAGUGGCAACAAAUAUACGGGUAAUUCGUAUUAUAGAUAUAAAUGCGAUGAAGGCUUUCAACUCGACGGUCCCGAAGAUGUCAGAUGUGGUCUAAACAAUAAUUGGUUGGAUCCGUUCCCGGUUUGUAAACCGAAAGCUCAGUGUCCGUACCCGCCGUCGGUCGACGAGUCGAUGGUUGUGGGCAUAAAACCCGAGCAUUUAUAUACAUUUAAUGCCAAUAUCAGCGCUUUAGUGGGAAGUGUUAUUUACUACAAAUGUUUGGGCGAUCGGAACAACACUAUAAUGAUCGGCGAUUCGGUGCGAGUUUGCGGUACAGAUAGCAAGUGGUCGGGAGUCGAUCCCAAAUGUAUUCGCGACUCUGAGCUGAACGCCGACUCUUUUAAGGACAUUAAAGACACUGAGAAUGCAGACAAACACAUGACUACAUUUCAAUCGUUUAAUAAACUGCUGACUGAGGCCAAUAGCACAGCACUGGCCUGUGGUUUACCGGCGAUGCCAUUGUUUGCCAAACCGACCACAUCUGGGAGUUAUCGUAUGUUUGGCGGACAAUCGGAUUUAAGGCGAUGGUAUGAAAACGGAACUGUCAUCAACUAUCAAUGCGAGUCAGCCUAUCGCUGGGUUUCCGGUGAUGUCGGGAAGAGGACAUGCGUUGAGGGCCAGUGGACGGGUGCACUCGGCAAAUGCGUUGUUAACCCAAACAAUAAUAUUAUUAACUAUAAUAACAAUAAAGCGGUCAAUUGGGGAAACCUAAUACGGCUAACCUCUGUAUACGUGUACGAUAUGGACAAAAGCAAUCGGUGGACGACUAGUCAUAUGGUGACCGAAAGUAACUCCACAUCCGAUUGGGAAGAGCACUUCGCUUACAGACGGGAUGCGGACAAAGGAGAGUGCGCCACCUUUGCGGUGGACAGUAACCACAAAUGGAGUCUUCGGCUCAACACGUCGGUAACCAUCACGUACUUUGUGGUGAUGUUGCACCCAGGUGGCUUCUUCGGCGGCAAACACAAGAUCAGUGAUCCCAAAAUACUGGACACCACUCCCGUCACGGCGACCGUCGGCCGCAACAAGAACUGUGUGUUGACGUCGGCCUGGGAUUACACGCACACCCGUGGCUUCUUCGGCGGCAAACACAAGAUCAGUGAUCCCAAAAUACUGGACACCACUCCCGUCACGGCGACCGUCGGCCGCAACAAGAACUGUGUGUUGACGUCGGCCUGGGAUUACACGCACACCCGUUACGGCACGUACUUCUUCUUCACCUGCGAUAUGGAUGAACCCAAGUAUCGAUACGUCGGUCAAGACUAUUACAUCAAUCUAUACAUCGAUCCCAAGAAGUUCGAGAAGAGUUACACCGCGAAGAAUAUAUCGUUAUGUUCUUUGGCUGUUAUGGUCUCCAAACAGGACGACUGCGGAACACCUGAUAUACCACUGCAUAGCACUGUCAGCCAAAACGAAAACCACGAGUGGACCUAUGCCUGUGAUCCGGGGUAUAAAUUGGUGGGCUCUCCGACCAUGUCGUGCGGUCGAAACGGUCGGUGGAAGAGCCAAGAGUUCCCCACUUGUGUCAAGAAGAGCAUGUGUCCGGUGACGCGACCCGCCCGACGCAAUGACCUGUAUAUGAGAGCCCAGUGGCAGAACGUGAUCCAAAAAGACAAUAAACUGAUCGCUUCUGUCGAUUCAAUAGUAAACCACUCGUGUAUCGCCAGCUCUAAGAAAAUACUGAUUGGAUCAGAGAUUAGACUCUGUGCCGUCACCGGCGAGUGGAGUGGCACUGAGCCAUACUGUAUGGAUCUAAAGGAUUUGCCUAAAAGUUCGUCCAAAGGCGGCGGUUCAACGGUAACGGUGUUUGUAAGUGUGUUGAGCGUACUGUUGGCCAUAGGGCUUGUGGCAGGUUUAGUGUACUUUGUGUUCCAUAAGGGUUACUUACGUAGCGUAUCUAACCUACGUGUGCCCAAUUUGACCAUACCCAAAAUCAAUAUACAACGCGCGAGUGGGGCACCGGCGGCGGCGACGGCAGCGACCGAGAUUGAUCACAACGCUAAUUCAUUUGAUAGUCCGGUUCACUUUGAGCCAAUGCCCUUGCCCAAACAACGAACCACCACAAUUAAUAAUAAUUCACCCCAAUUUUCAAGGGGUACUGAAUUUUUAGUUGAACGUGAUCAUGAUGAUUAAAUCCAAUAA